UAAUCGGGCUCUUCUGGCGAGCGGUCGCGAAAAGAUUGAAUAGUCCCCAGUUCCCCAAUUCCCCAGUCAUUAAUAAAUAAAUAUAUUAAAUCAACGUGUGCGACGGCGGCAAGUCAAUAUUUGGCUUGUGUGAACUCAUUAGCAACGGACAACAGGACUCACCAAUCGGACAGGCAGAAAGUCCUUUGGAAAGUCCUUUUCACAAUGAGACGGUUGCUUAUUGUUGUAGUGCUCCUGACCUCACAACUGCAGAUCCAGGCACAAACUGCACUAAGCUAUGAGCAAGCGCGACAAGCUGUUCUCACGGCGGAGGAGGAGCUAAUGACUGGGGGACACACCCACCUGAACACGGAGGAGGCCAAGGUGGACGAUAUAUUCAUGGAGUACAAGCUGGGAGAGUUGGCCCAGGGAUUCCGCAAUGCGGAGCAGAAUGCGGCCGCUCUGCACUUUUUCAAGGCCAAACCGCUGAUCGAUCGGAGUGCGAUCUUUCGGUUUCUUCAGAAGAUGCCCAAGGGCUCGGUGCUGCAUGUGCACAACACCGCCUCCGUGAGCUCCAAGUGGGUGGUGGACGACCUGUCGUACAUGCCCGGACUGCUGCGCUGUACGACGGCCACGGGACAAAGUAUCCUGUCAUUCCGCAGGACCCCGAAGGAGCACAAGUGCCAGUCGCAGUACGUGCUUGUUUCGGAUGAGCGGCGGAACUCGUUGGAUCGCCGGGUCUACGAUCGGAAUUUGGAGCGUCUGAUCAAUUUGUACACUCCAGUUCCAGAGCUGGAGUACCCCACCAUUACCCGGGUUUGGGAUCGUUUCCAGGGCAUGUUCGUAAGUCUCAGCGAUGCGUUAAUCUACUUGCCAGCCUUUCGAGCUUAUCACUGGCAAAUGCUGGAGGAGCUCUACAAUGACAAUGUGAUGUACACAGAGAUUCGGACCAGUUUUAAAACACUCUAUGACGCCAGUGGACGCACUUUUCCCAGAGAGCGUACUAUCCACGAGCUGUAUGCCAUAAACCAGAAGUUCAUGAAGCUACAUCCUGAUUUUCUUGGCUUUAAAGUCAUUAUGGCCGUCUAUCGCGGCUAUGAACUGGAUCAUCUUAAGGAAAUCGUCGAGGUGUUCAGGAAGUUGCACCAAGCAUUGCCGCACUUUCUGGUCGGAUUCGAUUUGGUGGGCCAGGAGGACAAGGGAAAGCCACUCUACUCCCUGCUGCCUGUCCUCAGAGAUCUUCCGCCAACAGCUCGGCUUUUCCUACACGGCGGAGAGACCAAUUGGUUUGGUGCCUCAACGGACAUCAAUCUGCUGGACGCCCUGUUGAUGAACACAACACGCAUUGGUCAUGGUUAUGCUCUGGCCAAGCAUCCGAUCCUCCUGAAUGCCGUCAAGUCGCGUCGGAUUGCCGUGGAGCUUAGUCCCAUUUCGAAUCAGGUGCUGCAUCUGGUUUGGGACCUGCGCAACCAUCCGGGUUCCCAGUUUUUCGCCCUCGAUGUGCCCGUGGUGAUAUGCAACGAUGAUCCUGGCUUCUGGAAUGCCAAGGGCCUGAGCUACGAUUUCUAUUAUGCCAUCAUGAGUUUGGCGCCAAACAAUGCGGGGUUGAGGCUACUGAAGACUCUGGUGUGGAAUUCGGUGCGUUACUCCACGCUGACGGAGGAGGAACAAACGAGAGCUUUCAAAAUCCUGGAACUCAGCUGGUCGCGAUUCAUAGACGAUGUAUUGGAGGGCAGUGUAUUUUAAAUGAACUUAUAAAUGAAAAUAAACAGCCAAAGAGUUUAUAAA